CCUGACAUAAUUCACUUCAAGAAGUGCACAAUGUCAGAACGUGGAAUUAAGUGGGCUUGUGAGUAUUGUACCUAUGAAAAUUGGCCAUCUGCAAUCAAGUGUACCAUGUGUCGUGCCCAAAGACCAAGUGGAACAAUUAUUACUGAAGAUCCAUUUAAAAGUGGUUCAAGUGAUGUUGGUAGAGACUGGGAUCCUUCUGGUACUGAAGGAGGAAGUAGCCCUUUGAUAUGUCCAGAUUCCAGUGCAAGACCAAGAGUUAAGUCUUCGUACACUGUGGAAAAUGCUAAUAAAUGGUCAUGCCAUAUGUGCACGUAUUUGAACUGGCCGAGAGCAAUCAGAUGUACCCAGUGCUUGUCCCAGCGUAGGACCAGGAGUCCCACAGAAUCUCCUCAAUCCUCAGGAUCAGGCUCAAGGCCAGUUCCUUUUUCAGUUGAUCCUUGUGAGGAGUACAAUGAUAGAAAUAAACUGAACACAAGGACACAGCAUUGGACUUGUUCUGUUUGCACAUAUGAAAACUGGGCCAAGGCUAGAAAGUGUGUUGUUUGUGAUCAUCCCAGACCUAACAACAUUGAAGCUAUAGAAUUGGCAGAGACUGAAGAGGCUUCUUCACUAAUCAAUGAACAAGACCGAACUCGGUGGAGAGGAGGGAGUUGCAGUGGCGGAAAUGGCCAGAGAAGGUCUCCUCCCAUACCUCAGCGGGACUCUGAAAUGAACAUGGAUUUUCAGAGAAUAGAAUUAGCUGGUGCUGUUGGCAGCAAAGAGGAACUUGAAGUCGACUUCAAAAAGCUAAAGCAAAUUAAAAACAGAAUGAAAAAGACUGAUUGGCUAUUCCUCAAUGCUUGUGUGGGAGUUGUGGAGGGUGAUUUAGCGGCUAUAGAAGCGUAUAAGUCAUCAGGGGGAGACAUUGCACGUCAACUUACUGCAGAUGAAGUCCGCUUACUGAACCGCCCCUCGGCCUUUGAUGUUGGGUACACUCUGGUACAUCUGGCGAUACGUUUUCAAAGGCAGGAUAUGCUAGCAAUACUGCUUACGGAGGUGUCUCAGCAUGCAGCCAAGUGCAUCCCAGCAAUGGUGUGUCCCGAGCUGACAGAACAAAUCCGGCGUGAGAUUGCGGCCUCCCUCCAUCAGCGAAAGGGUGAUUUUGCCUGCUACUUUCUAACAGACCUUGUUACGUUCACAUUACCUGCAGACAUUGAAGACUUGCCUCCCACAGUACAAGAAAAAUUAUUUGAUGAAGUGCUUGACAGGGAUGUUCAGAAAGAGUUAGAAGAAGAAUCUCCAAUUAUAAACUGGUCCUUGGAAUUGGCUACUCGCUUGGACAGUCGACUCUAUGCACUUUGGAAUCGGACUGCAGGGGACUGCUUGUUGGACUCAGUGCUGCAGGCCACAUGGGGCAUCUAUGACAAGGACUCAGUGCUUCGGAAAGCCCUCCAUGACAGCCUCCACGACUGUUCACACUGGUUUUACACGCGUUGGAAAGAGUGGGAGUCGUGGUAUUCACAGAGCUUUGGUUUACAUUUUUCCCUCAGAGAAGAACAGUGGCAGGAAGAUUGGGCAUUUAUCCUCUCUCUUGCUAGUCAGCCUGGAGCAAGUUUGGAGCAGACACACAUUUUUGUACUUGCACAUAUUCUUAGACGACCAAUUAUAGUUUAUGGAGUAAAAUAUUAUAAGAGUUUCCGGGGAGAAACGUUAGGAUAUACCCGUUUUCAAGGUGUGUAUUUGCCUCUGCUCUGGGAACAGAGUUUCUGUUGGAAAAGCCCCAUUGCUCUGGGCUACACGCGGGGCCACUUCUCGGCCCUGGUUGCCAUGGAGAAUGACGGCUAUGGCAAUCGAGGCGCUGGUGCUAACUUGAACACAGAUGAUGAUGUGACCGUCACUUUUUUACCUUUGGUUGAUAGUGAGAGGAAGCUAUUACACAUACAUUUUCUUUCUGCUCAAGAGCUCGGCAACGAGGAGCAGCAAGAGAAGCUGCUCCGCGAGUGGCUGGACUGCUGUGUGACGGAGGGCGGCGUGCUUGUUGCCAUGCAGAAGAGCUCUCGCCGGCGGAACCACCCCUUGGUCACGCAGAUGGUGGAGAAGUGGCUUGACCGCUACCGACAGAUCCGCCCCUGCACGUCCCUGUCGGACGGAGAGGAAGACGAAGACGAGGAGGACGAGUGAUGCGGUCGGCGGCCGGGGAGUGAACUAUCCACGCCAAGGGAUUGGUGAAUGCCCCAAGCUUGGGGUCGAGCCGCCGUGCGAGCGGUCAGUCACUACGGGAUGAACUAGUGGCGGCCAGCAGACCGACCCCUGCUGCCGUCCGUCCCAGGGAUUUUCUGAUCCAGACACCAUGGAGAGAACAGAAGUGCUCAGCUGCUGUGCGAACAGAGAACUCUGCUUGGACUACAGUUUGUAAAAAGCUAAUUUUAUUAUCAAGACAGAACAUUUUGUUUUUUUCCUUUCAAAUUGUAAAUCUGUCUAUAAAUGUACCGCAUGUGGUUGUGUAAUAGGAAAAGUUGUACCAGCAUCUUCAAAUGAUCGAGAAAUUUCUGUUCAGUAAGGGCACUUACAAAGCACACAGUAGAGGAAGUUGUUCCUUUUAUGGUAGAAUUGACAUUCUACGUCACUUUUUAAACAUUCUGACACACUAAAAGGCCAUUUUGUGUUCUGUUCUGCUGGUGCCACAGUCAGAUAAUAGGAGGAUUUUAUUCACACAGAUUAUCCACAGCAAAACACAAAUAAGUUGAUUGGAUUUUUUUUUAAGUUCCUGCUGUGCCCAGGGUAAUAAAUAUAAAUCCUUAAGGAACUAUGGAAGAAAAGCCAAAUUCCCCAUGGACUGAACUUUAUACAAUAUCUCCCUUUCUCCAGCUUUCCAUUCUUUCAUUGUUUUCAGUUUUCUGAAGGAGACAUUUUCCCCCUCCUCCCCCACCCCCCUUUCAGUCUACACAGUACUUAUUUAUUUGUUUGGAAUAGUGACCUAAAAUUAGGGUUCUUAUUCCAAAUGUUUGGGAAAGCCCCAUCAUUGAAUUGGCUCAUCCCUGAACAUUAGGCAAGCACUUGGGAAAUAGCCAGUCCAAUGAUGGGCUGCGGUCCAUUGUGUACCCAAUGAAUUGUGUGAGGUUUUUGCUAACUCAGACUCAGUGGAGGAUUUCAUGCCUCUCUGAUCGGCACUGUAAAAUGCACAGCAGAGCGUUUUUUAAGCUACCCUGAUUCUUCCUGUCUUUUACCCUCUGGGGCUCUAAGGUAAACCUGUUGGAAACGGGGCAUGCCUUUGUCUAGGCAGGUGGGGACACUGUUGGCAGUUGAGAAUAAAGAUUUUUAAAAGAG